GAGGAGGGGGUGCUUCUCGGUCGGCGGGCGCCAAUUGGGUGUCCCCAUAGGAAGAUCUUUUGGUGGUAUAUAUAUUGUCAUUAUGAGAUGUUGUCUCUCGGUGCUUCAUUUGUGCAAAUUAAAUUCGAUGAUCUGCAGUUCUUUGAAAACUGUGGCGGCGGAAGUUUUGGGAGUGUAUAUCGAGCCCGAUGGGUAUCUCAGGACAAGGAGGUGGCUGUGAAGAAGCUUCUUAAAAUAGAAAAAGAGGCAGAAAUACUCAGCGUGUUGAGCCACAGAAAUAUCAUUCAGUUUUAUGGUGCCGUUAUUGAACCCCCAAACUAUGGCAUAGUUACAGAAUAUGCUUCUGCUGGGUCGUUGUAUGACUAUAUUAAUAGCAACAGAAGUGAAGAAAUGGAUAUGGAUCAUAUAAUGACCUGGGCAAUGGACAUAGCUAAAGGAAUGCAUUAUUUGCAUAUGGAGGCUCCAGUCAAAGUAAUCCAUAGAGAUCUGAAGUCACGGAAUGUUGUUAUAGCUGGUGAUGGAGUAUUGAAGAUUUGUGAUUUUGGGGCUUCAAGAUUUCAUUCCCAUACAACACACAUGUCUCUGGUUGGCACUUUUCCUUGGAUGGCUCCAGAAGUAAUACAGAGUCUCCCAGUAUCAGAAACAUGUGAUACAUAUUCAUAUGGUGUGGUUCUCUGGGAGAUGCUAACAAGGGAAGUCCCCUUUAAAGGCUUGGAAGGAUUACAAGUAGCUUGGCUUGUAGUGGAAAAAAACGAGAGACUGACCAUUCCAAGCAGCUGUCCUGGAAGUUUUGCAGAAUUGAUGCUCCAAUGUUGGGAAGCAGAUCCAAAGAAGAGACCCUCUUUCAAGCAAAUCAUUUCGAUUUUGGACUCCAUGUCAAAUGAUAGCAACCUUCCAGACCAAUGCAAUUCAUUCCUGCAUAACAAGGCAGAAUGGCGAUGUGAAAUCGAGGCCACCUUAGAGAGGCUGAAGAGAUUGGAACGUGAUCUGAGCUUUAAGGAACAGGAACUAAAGGAAAGGGAAAAACGCUUGAGAAUGUGGGAGCAGAAGCUAACUGAACAAUCCAACACACCAUUUUGCUUCCCUUUUGCUGCCAGAAUGUCUGAGGCAUCUUACUUUGAAUCUAAAACAGAGGAAUCAAACAGUGCAGAGAUGUCAUGUCAGAUUACCACCACGAGUAAUGGGGAGGUAGCUGGCAUGAACCAGAGUCUGAAGGCCUUGAUGAUGCAAGGUUUUGGGGAUGUCUUCUCUAUGAAUGAAGCAGGAUCCACCCUGCAUUCUGGAAUGCAGAUCAAUAUGAAAGCCAAAAAGAAUUCUUCCAAAACCACCUCUAUGAGAAAAGGGAAGAAAGUCAACUUGGCGCUGGGGUUCCAUGAAUUCGACUUAUCUGAUGAGGAUGAUGAGGAUGAUGAUACCGAUGAGGAGAUCGAUUUUGAGGAUGACAGUGAUUAGCAGGAAAGGAAAGCUGUGAGGACUCUAGUCUGGCAUCUGUUACAAAAGGGAGAGAAAGAAGAACAUUGAGAAAAAAUAUCCUAUGUUUUUCAUUUCUGAGCAAGAACAGAGCACCAUUUUGUUGCACAGAACCAUUUUGUUUUCUUACUUGUGAAAAAUCAUGUUCCUUAUGUUUAUACCCUCCAUGUGGUUUCUUUCUUUUUUUUUUUGCUUUCAGUUUUAAAAUUAAACAAGUUUGGGUUGUUUGUUUAUUUAAGUUUUUUUUUGUUUAUGUUGACCUAUUGUUGACAUAGUUAUGGCUCAACACUAAUUCUGAAACUGCUGGAGUUUUCUUUUAAGUAUACAUCUAUCAUUAUUUCUUCCUCCUCUGGGUCUCUUGAGCAGGUUAACAGAUAAAAUUAUAAUUCCAUUCAGGGUUUCCUUGCAUGUUUUAUAGCUGUAAUUCCAAAGAUUCAUAUAUAUAGCAGUGGGCUGUAUUCUAGAGUCAGUUUGGUAUAGUGGUUAAGGCAUCAGGCUAGAAACCAGAAUAUUAUGAGUUCUAGUCCCAUCUUGGUCACAAAACUGGGUGAGUGACCUUGGGUCAGUCACUUUCCCUCAGCCCUAGAAAGGAGGCAAGGACAAAUCACUUCUGAAAAACCUUGCCAAGAAAACUGCCGGGACUUGUCCAGAUGGUCACCAGAAAUCAACACUGACUAGAAAGCACAAAUAGACAAACAUAUGUAUAUUAAGAUUUAUAGGAAACAAACAUUUUCAGAUGCUCACUUUAUCUGGCAGUACAACUCACCUAUUUGGGCAAGGUGAGAGAACCGAAUCGGUUUUACCGAUUCUAAUAUAGAUUUCCUGCCAGACAAGUAACAUGUCCUUAGCAUUAUUGUAAAAUAAGUUUUAAAAAAUCUAAUCCAAACAAAGCUUUCUUGAAUAGCUGGAUUGCUCUUGUGUGAUAAAUAUAUAUUUUCCAUACUGUUGCUUAUUUAUUCUCAUUUCUGUCUCUUUCCUGUUGAUAAAAAUCUCAGUAAAAUGAAAAAAAAAGAACACAAUGCAAUGAUAUUUAAAUCCACCAACUUCUUGUGUCAAAGCAAACAUAAAAUUCAGAUUUCCUCAAAGUAUGAUUAUAUUUCAAACAAAAUUUUAUAGAAUCAACCUAGAAUCCUGGUUAGGGCUACAACACAUUGCUGAGUGCUUUGGUUAAUUUAAACAAAACUUUUGAUGGAAUAUGACUUUCCACUUAAUCAGGCAACAUAUUUGUAAGAAUGUUCAUUUUUAAGGAAUUUAGGAAUCUAUAAAAUGAUAAAGGACUUCCUUAUUUUGUGCACGCUUUUUUUUCUUCCCUGGAGUUACUUCUUUUUAUUUUACAUGUUUUAUCAUUCUGAAAUAAUUGAAAGGGAAUCCGUUGUGUUGAUUCUCGAACCCUUCCAGUGCGCCCCUUGCCUAGUCUGCUUUCUCCACUUUCUAUGGUGGAGUUCUUAGAAGAAAAGCUGCUAAAAGUUUCUACACUGACUUGGAAGACAUAUCAAAUUCAAAUCAUUAUAUCCUAAAAAUGAUAGUUUGAUUAAUUCUAUAGCCUCUAGGACAGGAGUGUCAAACUCAAUUUCAUUGAGGGCCACAUCAGGGUUGUGUUCGACCUCGGGCUGGGGUGGAGACCUCGGGCUGUUGGAGUUACCUGUGGUAGCCCGAACUCUCUGCUGGAGAAAACGGGCUCCAUAGCUCCAUUUUCAGUUGCCACGGCUUCCUGCAACCCUUUGCCAGUGAAAACAGAGCUCAGGAGAGUAGGCUAGUCCUUUGUUGUUUCCAGGGCAGCCUCGCAGACCAGAUCUAAGUACCCCAUGGGCCGGAUCCAGCCCCUGGGCCUUAAAUUUGACAUCCCUACUUUAGGAUAUUCCGAAGGAUUAUAGUCUUAAAUUGCAAUUCUGUAGAGAUAUAACUGAUGGUAAAGCCAAUCUCAGGAAGCUUACUUUUUAGCGAACAAGUUUCCCUUGUAAAUUAUCUUGAAUGAUAGUUUUCUAUGUGGAUUUGGCUACAGACACACAGAUCUGGGAAGAUACUGAUUGCUUGUAGAAACAGGCUUUGAAAAUAGCUCCUUCACACAUAUUUACAACUCAUUUAACUUCCCAAAUUUUACUGUAGUGCUGAAUAUUCUGGAUUAACUAUUAGGACAUUACUAAAUCUUCAUUUUGGAUGCUGUGUUACAGAGUGCAAUUGUGCUACUGCAUAUUGCAAUCAGCUCUUAACAUUUCUAAGUUUGGGUAUACAAGCAGUAUUAUUUUGAUAACACUGAAAGUCCUAAUCUACUGUAUACAGUAUAAUAGUUUAUUGUUGUAUGAGAAAGCAUGGCAGUUAUGCUUUAAAAUAGUUAAAUGUAACUUAGUAAGUUUUGGACAACUAUUAAAAACCUACUGGAUCUGAAAUCAUACAAUAAAAUUUCCCUCACUCCAGAUGUAUUGGCAUUAUUACCUUCGCCAUUCCAAAGCAACCUAGCCAGUGUGAAUUUCUGAAGCUAAAGCCAUACUACAUCUGGAGAGGAACUGUAUGGAAACUCUGUCAUACAUUUGAAGUGAAAUCUGAACCUGAUAUGAGUACUGAGUACACAGUAAAGGCUACCUGCUGAAGAGAGGAGCCUAUCUCACAUGAAAAGUUGCUACUUGGUCCUGUGUUCUCCUCCUUUCCACCAAAUCAAAAUAUGGAUUGUGCAGAAGACCAAGGAUGAAUCCAGGUAGACCAGUGGUUCUCAACCUAUGGUCCAUGGACCCCCCUGGGGGGUGGGCACAGUGUCAUCACAGUGAAGGCUUGAAGAAAUGUUACGAUUUAAAUCUUGAGUUAAGUCUGUGGCCACAAAAGGUUUUUAAAGAGUGUCUGUGAUGAAGAAAAGGUUGAGAACCACUGAAAUAGAGUAUAAUCUACUUUGGCAUAAUGCAUUCAGAAGUCUCUUUGGAGCUAUUCUAUUUUUCCCUCUUUGUUAGAUUUUUUUCCCUAAAAAGAAAGAUAAAUAGUGUCAUAUAAAUUAAUAAUAGAAUACAAUGUCUUUUUCACCCUAUGUAAUAUCCAUUGAUAACCUAAGGUUAUACAAAUUUUCUCCCCUGGUGUAUUAAGUUGUGACAUAUCAGUGGAAUAAUGGAUUAAUAAGGACAGUGAAAUUUACUAUUUUAGCAUUACAGUAUCUUCUUCUGUACAGUUUAAUAAAUCUGUUACUUGAGCAACAUUUGGUUUGGUAAUUCCCCUGAAAUCAUUGCAUUUUUUCCCAUUUUUGUUUUAAGAAAAUAGCAUAAGAAGUAGUAAUAACUUCCUAGUCCUAAUUAUCUGGUCUAUUUUUAGAAACUAGUAAAAAAAAUCCUUAUUUUCUUUUCAAAACUUGAAUCUAAUCUAUUUUUAUUGAAAAGCCUGCCUAAAGCUUACUUGAUAGAAAAAGGAUACUUCCAGAAACAUUACAGAGGCAAACUAUCCUAAGCACUUACAUGUUAUUUCAGAAAAUUGUAAAAUCUCUCUGUUGAAAUCUGAUCAAGCAUAUUGCCAUUUUUGGGGGGGGGGGGGUGUAUUUUUGCUUUUUACACUUUUGAAAUGUUUUAUAUUGAUUAAUAAGGAGAUAAUGUUAUUUGUAUUCCAAAUUUGUACGAAAAUGUAAAUGGAAAGUAUUUCAACCAAGUUUAGAAAAGUUGAGACUUGUUUUCUGCUGUGCUGUGAUAACUCUGUGCCAAAACUACUACAGUGUGUGAACAGAAUAUAAAAUUUGUAUGGAAUGUGAAAUGUUCCAUUUCUGCAUGGCAAGAUUUUUUUGUUGUUGUAGUAUUUACUUUUUUCAUUAUGGUAUUUAAUUAUGUGAUGUCGUGCUUCAUUCAUUUAAUGGUUUGCAUUUUUAAUUAUUCACAGGACACCAAAAUGUAAUCAGCUUUUUUUUUUUUUUUUUACAAUUUGGUGUCAUAAAUCCUAAUUUGUUGUGAGCUGUUUUUCUUUGCUUCUCUUUGUUUCCAUUUUUGACUUUACAAUAAACGUGAUGACACUAAAAUAUAUAUAU